AUGUCUAACGAAGUAAACACUAUGGAACCGCCAAGUGCGCGUAUCUCUAUCUCUUCAAAACUUGACGCUGGCAGGGUGGUAUAUUCCUCACCCCACAUAAUCCAUGUUGUCUUCACCUCCUUCGCCUCCCUCCUGUUUGGUGGGGACGUUCCCGUCUUCCGCGGCCUUAGCCACGCACACGACGGCGGAUGUAGCGGCGACAGCGCUGGGUUUCGAUAUGUACGCGAUCAAUUGCCCCUGUCGCAGCCUGAUCGGACAUUCCCCCAGGUUCGCAUAGGUCUGAAGAACAUAGAAACAAUCAGCAGAGACAGAGCACCGAUAUAUGUUGUGUUUGCGGGGGGCGCCGCUUUCUUCUACCUUGUCUAUGUUCUCGAUGAUCUCCCGGACUUUCUUCCAGUGGGAAGACCCCUCGAUUACAGCAUUGAUGUCGCAGGCCAACCAGCUCUCCUCAUUAUCUGGUGUGACCCCCUCCGUAUCCAGGAAAGUCAAGGCAGUGCUGGCUGA